CCCCGCGCAGUUCAUUCAUGCCAACGUCUGCAGCUGUCUGUUUCUUUCUUUGCUCUGUCCUUCCACCACCAACGCCGUCUUGCUGCUGGCCACCUUGCACUUCCACGCACAAGCGCCCACACACGUAACUGACUUUCACACGCGCGCACAUACUCGCACACGCUGCCUCGGUGCGUCAGCGCUUGUAAGGUCGAAAGUGCGCAACUUUUCCAAGCGGACCGAACGGAGACACCUGACUCAGCUUGGUGUUUUUACCAUCUCCCAAGUGGGAAUAGGAAUGUGGGCUACAAGUGGAGCUGAGUGGUCAAGUCCCUGCCCCUGACAGACACCAUGACCUCUGACCUCAAUCUGAGUUCCCUGCUGAACGUGAGCGAGCUGCACAACCACUCACGAGGAUGCUCACUCACCAAGACGGGCUUCCAGUUCUACUACCUGCCCAUCGUCUACAUUAUGGUGUUUAUCACGGGCCUGGUGGGCAACAGCCUGGCCAUCUGGAUGUUCGUGUGCCACAUGCGGCCGUGGAGCAGCAUCUCCGUGUACAUGUUCAACCUGGCGCUGGCCGACUUCUGCUACGUAUUCUCGCUGCCCUUCCUCAUCUUCUACUACUUCAACAAGACCGACUGGAUCUUCGGCGACGUGCUGUGCCGGCUACAGCGCUUCAUCUUCCAUGUCAACCUGUACGGGAGCAUCUUGUUCCUCACCUGCAUCAGCGUGCACCGCUACACGGGCGUGGUGCACCCGCUCAAGUCCCUGGGCCGACUCAAAAAGAAGAACGCCGUCAUCACGAGCGCGCUGGUGUGGGCCGUGGUGGUCCUCGCCAUCUCUCCUAUCCUCUACUACUCGCGGACGGGCUCCAAGCGCAACACCACCACCUGCUACGACACCACCACGGAGGAUGAGCUGCCCGGUUACUUUAUCUACAGCAUGACUUUAACUGUCUUUGGCUUCUGCAUCCCGUUCAUCAUUAUCUUCUGUUGCUACGGCAUGAUCGUCAAAGCUUUAAUCUGCAACGACAUGAACAACGCGCCGCUGCGGCAGAAAUCCAUCCACCUGGUUAUCAUAGUACUGGCCGUCUUCGCUGUCUCCUACUUGCCUUUCCACGUCAUGAAGAACCUGAACAUGCGGGCCCGGCUGUACUUCCAGAGCCCCGCCAUGUGCGACUUUAACAACCGCGUCUACGCCACCUACCAGGUGACCCGGGGUCUGGCCAGCCUCAACAGCUGCGUGGACCCCAUCCUCUACUUCCUGGCCGGAGACACGUUCCGGAGGAAGCUGUCGCGGGCCACCAAGAAGCCGUCUAGGAAGGACAACGCGCUGCAGUCUAAGAGUGAGGAGACGGCGCUCAACAGCCUGGCGGAGUACGUGGAGAACGGGGAGGGGCGGAUGUGAAGCCGCCGUUAUCUGCACUGUUGGAUAAUGGAAGCACUGUGCGGACCCGGAGGCCAUUUUAAAUCUGUCUAAAAUGUCAACGUGGAUACGCUCUCGUGCUGUGUUGUUGUGCACGUCUUGUCUUACGUGACAUACAGUGAACCGGCCACAACAUUAGGUACACCUACAAAAUCGAAUGAGACCCAAUUCAUAAAAUAAUAAUGUUGAGUGUUGAAAUGUUCUGUGAUGCUGGUUAACAUCCAUCCAUCCAUUUUCUAUAGUGCUUGUCUGGAGCCCAUCACAGCUGACUUUGAGCGAGAGGUGAGGCACACGCUGGACUGGUCACCAGCCAAUCGCAGGUCACAUAUAGACAAUUUAGAGUUUCAAUGAACCCCACGUAUGUUUUUGCAACGUAGGAGGAUUCAAACUCAGAACCCAUUGCCUGUGAGGCAGACAUGCUAAACGCUACGUCACUGUUGGGAAGUAACAAUGCUGUUAACUUAGGGCAUGGGGGCACACAUUGGAUCGUGGUCUUCUUUGCUAAGCACAGCACAUAUCUCCAUUUAACAUCAUCUCAGAAGAUUAUAGGAGGAUUUCACACAGAAAUUCCAGGCAUCCAUUUUCUAUGGCAUUUGUUGUCAUUUGGGUGGAGGGUCAGCUGGAGCCUAUCCCAGCUGUCUUUGGGCGUGAGGCGAGGUACAACCUGACCUGGUUGCUAACCAAUCACAGGGCACAUAUAGACAACGAUUCACGGGUUGCACGGUAGCACCACUUCAGAUUUUUUUCAAGUUGACACUAAUGUGAUUAAACUGUGACUUCAGUCAUCUAGUCACUGAUGAAUCAUUGAUAUUUUUUCAGAACAGUACUGUAAUUAAUAUGAUUAUUUGCAAUGGUCGAUGUUCACCGACAAUGGGCAGCUCAUACACCGCAGAACAUACAUGUAAGAAUGUGGGCUGCGUGAUGUACCCUGUAUUUCCAGCCAGAUAGAAAAUCCUCUCACUCAGUGUGUUUGUCACUGGGACAGCCAAGGGACAUUUUCACAACUUGGCUAAAUGGGGAAACCUGUCCUCGUUCUGGGCCCAUCACAUGAGCUGGUUCUUCAUGGUGGGAAUUUGAAUAGUUUGCAAUCACGGACCUCUUAGUGGAAUAAUUCCACACUGUCCUUCCACUUUGAUAGUGUGGGCUGAAAUGUUUUUCAAAAUCUUGCUUGAGCCAGGUUUUUCCUCAAUUACCAAAGCUACACAUUCAGAAAGAGAAAACUAUUUAAAUGAUUUAAGGUGACAAAGAAAUUGUAUUCAGCGCACUCAUCUGUUGCUGGAAGUGCCUCUGCCUUCGCCUCAAGUCAAAAACAACCGAUUAGCGACUAGUCAAUGUCACACUUCUAAAUUCAAAAUUCUUUUAUUUUUUUUACCGUAGGAAAUAAUGUAAUCUUUUGUGAGGUCAAACCCUGGAAAUUAUGAAGACUUGUAUUUUCUGUAAUGGCAAUUUUUAAAACCACAUUUUAAUUUUCCCAACUGACAUACAAGUGUAAAAGUAACUGAACCCCUUGUCAUGAAACUGAAAUGCAGUAAAACAAGUCACAAGCCUGAAACCUAAUGGAGGGAACAGGAAGGUGUUUGAUGAGAGAUGGCGUCACCUAAUGGUGUUUUCUAGGUAAUGCUGGUAUUAAUAAGUGUCAUCUAUAAUAAGUGUAUUGAUACAUCAUCUGUGCAUAUAAUUGCUUAAGUUGUACUGAGAAGUCAGAACCAUUUCCGCAAUAAGUCGCAAAAAGAACAGGAUAAGCGGUAUAGAAAAUGGAUGGAUGGCUAGGUGGAGCGCCUCAGUGGGAUGCUACAUCUCAUGAGAUUGUCCAGUUGUGCCUAAUAUUGUGGCCUUGACAUCAUCCCCGUGAGGACUUCAGACAGUCGAUGCUCUUACACUCUGAACUAAAAGGUUUCGCUCUUCAAUUUCCUGAGGAGAAGAAGAGAUUAAAAAGAUUGGAACCUGUCCUCUGCAGUCAGCGAGCAUACACUCUGUCGAUAGCUGUUAAGCAGCUGGGGGGAAGAGGGUGGGCGUAAUAGACUUGGAAUGACUAUCUACUUACUGGACACAACAUUAGGUACACCUAAUGACUGUCAAUACAAGAGCUGCAACUGCACUUCAUUAUACAGAGAGAAAUUAGUGCGUUCAUGAUGCAGCUCUUGUUUUGGAUUGCAUUUGAUUGUGUUCCUAAUGAAUUGUCCAGUGAAUACACGCACUGACAUGGAGUUUCUAAUGCACUACACUGAACGUGGGGGUGGUGGGAGGGGAUUGUCUCCCUCCUCCUCCUCCUCCUCCUCCUCCUCCUCUUCCCCCUCCCUGCGGUGGAGUGCUUUGGCAGCUUGACAGCUCCGAGCUUGUAACAGCUGUGUGGCCACCAUCUUGUUAACCUGCAUAGGCUACAACAACAAAACAAGAAGAGAAUAUCAACAGUAUUGUGUGUAUACAACACCAUAAUGAAUGUUAUUUGCAGUGUACAGGAUGUUGUUAGUGUGUGUGUGUGUGUGGAGUCCAGUAGCAAAUCCUGUUUCUAAAACUUGACUAUGUGGAGCAUAAACAUGUUUUAAAAGUGAGCCACUUGGAGAUACACUGACACUGCACGUACACAGGAGAGUGAGACAGGUAUAAAGACAUCAAGUCCUACAGGAAAAGUUGGAAGUUAGCUCACUAUCUUGGUUGUAGUUCAAAAGGUGCUCACUUUGCGUGACGCUUUUCCAUUGGCUCUAGUACCUUGGUGAUGUAAAACACUGCUGGUCGCCCAUUGUUGAACAUAUUUAUCAUCCACACGUUUGUGGAUACUUGGCUAGAAAGGACAACUGGGUCUUAGCUCUGGACACUGCAGUAUUAGAACGUUGCCCUCAGUCUGCUCUUGGAAAAAAACGUGUCUUUAAAAAGUUAAUACCCAAGACUCUCGUUCUCCUCUGCUGUUGUUGUUUGUCUUGUUGCUGACAGUAAGUGUACUAUGGAUACUGCUAUUUUGUACCCAACAGUCUCCAAUUGGCUGCUCAGUCUGUUUUUCCCCCCUAGUAUAUAUACACAGCUAUAAAUGACAAAAAUAAACAUGGGGACACUGGA